ACGCACCAGAGGAGGGGAAGGGUGCUGCCCAAAAGCGUGCCGAAUAAUUGGAUACGUGUUGUUGCUAGGGGCGUGGGUUACGUUGCGCAGCCGAUUCCUCCCCACGCCUCAGAGGAAGGAAAACGAGAAGGGGAGGAGGAGGAACCUGGGAAGACGAGGCAUCAUCAGCUGGUCCAGGGAUGCGCCGACAGCUGCCUGAUCCGACCUGUGCCGCAGUGAGCAUAAUCUGAUAAGCGCUUCUGUCCACCCGCCACGCUGCUGCUGGACGGCACCGAAAGUGCUUGCGGACAAUUUGAAUGAUAAAUCGUCCCCAGCUCUCACUUGUCGGAGCUGAAUCACGCCAGCCGCUGAUUCCUCGGAGUCUGAGAGCGGGAUGAGGAAAGGGAGGACUGACCGCUGCGCACUUUCUCUGUCCCGUCAUGUGUCUCCGGAGCGGCUGGUGCGUGGCACGGUUUCAACAUCCCGGCCUGUAGGCCGGGGAGGAUUUGCCUGAUCGAGGAGCAUAUUUUUGCAGAGGGGAUCUGAGGCAAAGAGGAUGAAACUGAUUCAGUGAGCUCCGACCGGCGAUGACAUCAGGCUGAAGUGUUGCAGUGAGGAGGUUCGUGGGGGGGCGCGGCGUGAGGUAGCGUGGAGCAAUGCGUGCAUCCUCUGGGGUGGACGCUUUCAGGGGAACGAGCUACGUCCUGGACAAAUUCAAGACAUCAGGCCAUUCAUCCUGAGCUGAGCUGGCGAACUGCGUCACUGCGAGUGCAGGUAGGCUGCAAACUCCCCUACAUUGCCGGGAGAGGAGCAUCUGCUCCUCAGCCCUUCCUGCACCAUGUCGCCUGUAGGUGUGUGACAAUCUCAGCAGGGAUGAAUUCAAAUGACAUUUCCAGCAACGAUCCGCCCUUAGGAUCCACUUUUUCCUCAGCUCCUAACCUAGACUCGGACAUUAACGCAAACGCGUGCAGGCAUGUGUAUGAGAAUGGGGUGGACCACAAUGUCAACAUCCAGAGCGCAGCGCUCCGCGGGGCCAGCGACCCCAGCUCCUAUCCCUCCACAGAGUACCAGGGGCUGGUCCGCCGCAGGUUCAUCCGGCGGAGUCUCUGGGUGUCGGAUCACGACGAGCAGCCCCCGGACACGUCGGAGGUCGUCAGCAGCAGCCCGGUGGUCAACAUCGACCUGCGGACUAUAGUGGACCGGAGUCGGACCCGGGCCCUGCUUCCGGAGACCUCCAGCACCGAGAGCCAGGUGGGCCCGAAGGACAGCGCCACGGAAAGCGUGAGCGCCGAUGAGGAGCGGGGGGACAGGGGGGAGACGGGGCCCAAGGCGGACGCGGGGCCAUCAGACGUUACAGGUAAAGCGGGCAGCGACGAGAACGAAGAGGAGCCCGGGAUGAAGGCUGUGUCCACCUCACCAGGAGGGCGCUUCCUGAAGUUUGACAUUGAGUUGGGGAGAGGGUCCUUCAAGACCGUCUACAAGGGUCUAGACACGGACACCUGGGUUGAGGUGGCCUGGUGCGAACUUCAGGAAAGGAAACUAUCCAAAGUUGAGAGGCAGCGGUUCAAAGAGGAGGCUGAGAUGCUGAAGGCUUUGCAGCACCCCAACAUUGUGCGAUUCUAUGAUUUCUGGGAAUCACCAGUAAAAGGGAAGAAGUGCAUCGUUCUUGUGACAGAGCUAAUGACCUCGGGGACACUGAAGACAUAUCUAAAGCGCUUUAAAGUCAUGAAGCCCAAAAUUCUGAGAAGGUGGUGUCGACAGAUUCUGAAAGGCCUCCACUUCCUCCACACAAGGACUCCUCCCAUCAUCCACAGAGAUCUCAAGUGUGACAACAUCUUCAUCACUGGUCCAACUGGCUCUGUCAAAAUAGGAGACCUUGGUCUAGCGACACUGAAGAGGGCAUCGUUUGCCAAAAGUGUUAUUGGUACUCCAGAGUUUAUGGCACCAGAGAUGUAUGAGGAACACUAUGAUGAAGCAGUGGAUGUCUAUGCUUUUGGAAUGUGUAUGUUGGAGAUGGCCACCUCAGAGUAUCCGUACUCAGAGUGUCAGAAUGCUGCCCAGAUCUACCGCAAAGUUACAAGUGGGGUGAAACCUGCCAGCUACGGCAAAGUCAGUGACCCAGAAAUCAAGGAAAUUAUUGGGGAAUGUAUCUGCCACAGAUGGGAGGAAAGGUACUCUAUCAAGGACCUCCUGAAUCAUGCAUAUUUUGCAGAAGACACAGGAGUCAGGGUUGAGCUAAAUGAGGAGGACGAUGGAAAAAAAUCUACCAUUGCUUUAAAGUUGUGGGUUGAAGAUGCUAAAAAGCUAAAGGGGAAGUAUAAGGACACUGGUGCCAUUGAGUUUACCUUCGAUUUGCAGAACGAAGUCCCAGAAGUAGUUGCUCAAGAAAUGGUGGAGUCGGGAUUUUUCUUGGAAUGCGAUGCAAAGAUUGUAGGGAAGUCUAUCAGAGACCGUGUGGCUCUAAUAAAAUGGAGAAGGGUUAGGACUGGUUCACCAAAUGGAAAUAGUGAAGUGAAGAAGUUGCAGCAGAACCUUUUGCAGGUCCCUGGUACUGGUCCACCGGAGGAAACCAUAUUCACCACUGCUGACUGUGAGGACCAAGAAACUCUGAUCUGCACGGUUCCUGUCAUCACAUCUGCCACAUCUGAUAGUGGAGUGAACUCCAAUAUGCAAUUAGACGAACUAAGCAAUCAGCAGAAUGGCCCCUACCAGUCACUUCCAGAACCCAUUUCUACUGCACAGAUGCUCUACAGUUGUCCCUCACAAGCCGACUCCCACCAAGGACCCUACCAGCAACAACAAGAAAGCAACCAACAACCAAACACACAGCUACACCAAGGAGCCUACCAGCAAACCACAGCAGGUCAGCUGCAGCCUGUGGCCUUCCAACAGUCUGCAGCACAAAUGCAUCAGGGGCUUUAUCAGUGUCAAACUCGUCACUACAGUGAUCCUUUUGUAUGUCACAAGAACCCGCUCACCAUUGAGAGCACAGCAUAUCUUAGGCGUGGCAGUGCCCCCACGGUUGAGAUGUUACGGUGCAGGACGCACUCCCUCUCUAAAACAAAGAAUCAAAGUCCGUUGCAGGAUCUGUCUUCUUCCGACGGCUCACAGAGUCAAGUGCAUGCUGCAGUCCACCUAUCCUCAAUCGGUGCCCAGAAUACCUCAUUAAUAUCAUCUCCUUUGUUGCCUCCGCAUCAGCUCGUUCCCUGUGACUCAGCAGGUCAUUCGAAUUCACCUCACCCUCCCCUGAAUUUACAGCCUCUCUCAGCACACCGUCUUAGCGUGCCACGCAGCCCACAGCAUCGUCACCACCACCACCAUCAGUGCAAAGCUUGCAUGUCUCUCCUCUUUAAGGACAAGACGGAAGGAGACGGAUAUCUGGGGCACGUGCACCGACGCACUUCCAGCACAUCCAUGUCAGACGCAUCCACGUCUUUUCAUUUGCUAAGGUCUUCGCAGGCCACUUUACCUCAUGUCUUGGGCUCACCCGCCACAGCGUUACAAAACAGCGAGCCAAGCAAGGCCACUUCAUCUUCACAUCAUUCCACACUCGUGUUUCCACCCGGUUUAUAUGAAGGUGGGGAACUCACCCUUCUCAACUACUGUCUCCAUCACAUAGUCAGUCGCAGGACCAGCUCUCCCACCCUCCCUGACAGAGGAGGUGGAAAUCACCCAAUCCACAGCCACACCGGGGAGACUAAUUCCCCUGUAAUUGAACAUAAAGGCAAAAGUCAGAGCCUGGAAGCGCCUCUUCCAAACUUUGAUGAGAACGUCGUGCUGUCAUCACUUUGCAGCCAAGGCAGAGCAGAUCACCUGACGGUUUCUGCUCCAGCCACACCAGUGCCCCCCGUGCAGCAGAGCAGCCAGGCAUCACAGAGUUUCCCAGCCUCGGGCCCAACUGCGCAGACACAGCUGACCGUCCAGUCCAACCAGGACCAGUGUCAUCUCCAACCAGCUGCCGUCCCAUCUCAGCUGUUUUCUGCUGACCAGCCUUCAUCACAUCUGAGUCCUCCUGACACCUCUGGCAGUUUUCCACCCUGCAGCGCUCCUCCCCCUCACCUGCCCCUGCCCAUCAGCACACAGUUUCCCUCUCCAUAUCCUGUCGCUCACAUGCCCACUCCCUUUUCUCUGUCGUCCACAUACAGCAGCAGCGACGCUGCUUUGUAUACCUCUUACUACUCACCUUCACGCCACCUUCCCUCCCUUCCUCUCACCCCCCACACAGCCCUGAUGUGUAUACCUUCCCUUGGCACCCCUCAGACCCCUAUGUUAACUCCUCAAAAUGUGCCCAGUUUUCCACUCCUCUUUCCUUAUCUGGGAAUAGCCAAGUCCCCUGGGUUGCCACAGAGCCAGGGUGGCACGCCCACAUCUCAACACCACACUAGUAGCCUCCAUUCCACCCAUCCCUUAACUUUCUCUCAGGUACAAUCCACCCCAUUCCCUGCCCCCCACCCUGAGCAGGAACUGGCUGACCAGUCUGUCCAGGUGACUGCUCCUCAUGGGACUCUGGGAGAUGUGCAGAUUUUGGAAACAUCCCCCUCUGCCUUGCCCACUGGACAGACUGCAGUCUGGGGAAGCAGAAUAGAUACAGAUACUUCUGCAGCUUCUCCAGUCCCGGCUACCACCUCAAUUUCUGUCUCAGCUGCAGCUCAGUUUGAAGCUAAAGCCCCUGUGCGAAGUCAAGCUCCAGGCCCGGGGUCAGCUCAGGCUGCGGCAGCACCUCAGACUCCAACACAGGCUCUAAAAGCAACACAAACUACGGCCUCAGAGCAACUUCAAGCACCGGUAUCUGCAUCGUGUUUCACUGUAGAGCUCACAAUGGUCUCUUCUGUGAGCUCAGGUGCUCCUCAAAACUCCACCCAAGGUUUGGUCGCAGACCCAGCUCAUGUCACUCUGUCAGCACCGGCUCAGGCUGCGGCUCCUGCUCCAGCUUCAGUUCUGCAGCCUGCUGGCAUCCACACAACGGUCCCAGUGUCCGAGUGUGCCAGCCUGGCUACAGCACAGCAGAACAUAGAGACAUCAUCUGUCCCUGGGGGCUUUCAGCAGGAGACCUGUGUAGAGGAUGUUAUUCGGGACAGAGUCCUGUCACUAUCCAGUUAUACAUACGACAGUCUUAACUCUGAUGUAGCGUCGGGUAGGGAAACAAGUGAUGGCUAUGAAAGCUUAGCAAGUGGGAGCAAAGGGGACGCAAAACCCAGGAAACAUCACCGCAAGUCUGCUCGCACACGUUCCAGGCAAGAAAGAACCAGCAAACCCAAACUGAGCAUGCUCAAUGUCUGCAACACUGGUGAUAAAAUGGUUGAAUGUCAGCUGGACACUCACAACCACAAAAUGGUAACAUUUAAGUUUGAUCUGGAUGGAGAUGCUCCCGAGGAAAUCGCCACCUACAUGGUGGAGAAUGGCUUUAUUCUGCCAUUAGAGAAGGAGAUCUUCAUUGAUCAGCUGAAAGACAUUGUGGACAAAGCAGAAGACAUGCUGCAUGAAGACAUGGGGGAUGAAAAAGACACGACUUUGAGCUGCAGUCCUCUACAAGGACAGUUGUCUGAGGUAGGAGAGAGUCAGCAGCCAGGGGCGCCGCAGCCUGUAUAUCAGCAGAAUGUUCUUCACACAGGAAAGAGAUGGUUCAUCAUCUGCCCGGUGGAGGAGACGCCUCCCUGCGUUCAGGACACUCCGUCGGAUGGGACAGCGACGCAGUCACCUGGGAGCUCAGCCAACACGCAGCCUGCUGACAGCACCACUGCAAGGCCCUCCAUAUCCAGAGAAGAGGGGUCAUCCUCCACGAUGUCUGGUGGAAGUGGAGGGUUCGCUCAUGAAGUUUAUGGCUUCUACAGUCCUCCAAUAACAUCCAACACAGACCCCCUCCUCUUGGCCGCCCUCUCUCCUCCUGUGUCUGCCCCCCCUACUCUCCAGUCAGUGCCUGCAGUGGAGCCUGCAGGCACUCCUCUGCAGCCCAGCAUGCAUGCAGCCAACAAAGCCAGAGCGCAGACGCUUCCGCCAUCGUUACCCCAAGCUCCUUACCCAGUGGAGGAUUCACACGGGUCUCCUCUGGGAUCGCUCUCUCCUUCCCAUGAGGCUCGAAAGGUCAUUGAUUUCACCCAUUCGGUGUCUGUUGCUGAUGAGGUGCCCUGCUGUCCUCUCGUCAUGCCCCUGUCUUUGGAUGUGAACCCUCCACAGGGCAGGUCAACUCUGACUCCUCUCCCCCUUCAAGAGCUUGGUGCCACCAAAGAACCGCCGCCUGUCUCCUACGCUCCUGCGGCACGCAGCGAGCUGCCACAGCAGCCCGUGGUUCUCCACCAGCCUUUCUCUGCAGUGGGAGGCUCCAAAGUGUCCUCGCUGCCCCAGAGCCCGGCACCAUCUCAGCACGGCGCGGGGCCAAGCGAGUCCGACGGCGAAGGACGGGUCGGUCGGGGAGGUUUUGUCGAUAGCACCAUUAAAACCCUGGAUGAAAAAUUGAGGAACCUGCUCUACCAGGAAUACGCUCCCAUGUAUCCGUCAGGCAGCGCUGCAGAGACACCGGGUUCAGGGACGGAGUACAUCCAGUUCCCCCCUGGCCCGGACAGCGCCACUGGAGGGUCCGGAAACAGCACCCCAGGGCCAAUAGGGGAGGGACGCUACAGGGGAGGGGAACAGCUUCCCCAAAUUCCUGAGAGAAUGGACAGCCUGAGCACUCUGAGUGACUCGGCUGUUUGUGCUUCCCUGUCAAGAAGACCCGUUCCUCACUCCGUGUCCUGCACUGGAACUCGAGGUCGAUUUAAGGUCAUCUCUGUUCCACCUGAAGUGGCCAACAGGAGAGAUGUGAAGCAGAGGAGCUGGAGCAGCGCUGCCUCCCCUGCACACCCUGCAGGAUACGGCGGAGACCAGGUUCAGGCUGAAACCUUGGCAACCUCCACCACCAUUGGACGUUUCUCCGUAGUGAGCACAGAAGAUGACAUUACUCAGAGGACGCGCUGCAGCCGCUACUCUGCCCCACCUGAUUUCUACCUGGACACUCCUCCCCCCAUGGGUAAGAGCGGGUCCCUUUCUCACAUUCAGAGCUCAAACUCUGUCCAUGUGGAUGUCACAGUCCACGCUCCCGUCUUUUCGGCAGACUCAGGGGCGGAGAGCAGCCCUGCCAAGCUGGCUCCUGCCACUGAGUUCCAGCACCCUCGCUCUGAGCGCAGAGGAAGUGACCUCAUGAAAAGGGCCGUGGCCUUUCUGCGUCGCACUGGCCGCAGCAGCAGCGUACAGAGCUCUGACUCCCCAAGCAGACACGGAGGGGUGCCCGGCUCGGCCUAUGCCAGCAGCGACAAUGACUCAGAAAUGGAGGACUCAGACAUAAAGAGGGAACUACAGAGACUCAGGGAGAAACAUCUGAGGGAGAUCUCAGAGCUGCAAGCACAUCAGCGAGGAGAAGUGGAGCUGCUCUAUCGCAAACUUGGCAAGGUUCCUCCUCCUGGCCUCGGUCUCGUGCACGCUCCGCCAGGCCGCAGGAAGAAGUCCAGCAGAGCCAGACUAAAGCCAGGGAAACUUCUGAGCCCUCUAGUUCAACAAUUUAGGCAUGUAAAAACCAAGAGCAGCGACUCCUCUAAAUCUGGAACUACUCCAGCUCCAAGUGAGCCAACAGUGAGUUUAAACGGCUCUCCAGGCAGAACAUCUUUCCCCACCCAGGGCAGGCCACGGUCAUGUACCAGUCACCUACCCAGCUCGGUUUCAGAGCCCGUGCAGACUCAGCAACCCUGCUCUCUGAAAGGCUCUCUGUCCUCUGACAACAUUUAUGCUGGACUGCAUGGAGAUGUCGCUGGAACGCAAGCUCAACCUGGACAAGGCUGGUCUAAUUACCCUCAACCAUCUGAGAGAGUGACCUAUAAAUCCAGUAGCAAACCACGAGCUAGAUUUCUCAGUGGGCCCGUGUCUUUGUCUAUCUGGUCAACACUCAAAAGGCUGUGUCUUGGUAAAGAGCGAGGCAGCAGAUCUGGGGCUUCAGCAUCUGGAGCUUUUAACCAGUCACAGCAAAUGCAUAGUGUUACACCUCCUCCCCAGCAGCCUGUUGUCGGUCUGGCGCAAGCUCAGGCAAACAACAGCAAUAACAAAACAAGUACAUCUAUGAAUCCCAGUGAAAACAACCUGCCUGAAGAUCUACAAGGUCUGAUGGAUGACUGGGCCCAGGAGGUUCUGAUUGUGACCCACCGGGCAUGCACGGAUUCUCCAUGUUUCCGUGGACAGCAGCUGUGCCCUCAGGUUGUGUCUCAAGCACUUGAACAGCCGCCUCAGGCUUUAAAUGCAUCACCGUGGACCCCACCCAGUCCAGAGGCUUCCACUCAACCAUGGCCUGACAGCCCUGGGCCUACAGUCAUGACCAGCCCCACCACAGGACCCUUCCACACUUAUCAGCUACACUCUCCUGCUGCGUUCACAGCCUUGCCCUCCCCUCUUUCCUUCCAUCAGUGGCCUGGGUUUUUCUUUCCAGUUUCUGCUGGGGUCUUUGCCUUUCCUGCCGUGCCCUCCACCCCAUCCAGCCCCGUUUCACCCUCAUCUCAUCCGCUGACUGACCCCAAGGCAAAGACUCUCUAAUCUGGGUAGCAUUGUGUCUUCCAACUGUUACCAAAAGCGUAACUUAUAUUACAGCCGCUGUAGUCAAUAUUAUGUGCAUAGUGUGUAUAUAUUUAACCAGCAUGUGUUUAAUAAUAUGUAUAUAUCCAUCUCCACUCUUGAGUUUGAUGUCAUUUGUUUUGAGUCGACAAGCUUCAUGUUCAUUACAUAGUAAAUAUUCUUUAAAUGCAGUUUAAUAAUUAAAUAAUGAUUUAAUGACUAAAUUUAGCCAGAUCAGCCUUGAAGUGCAGACAUCUGUCAGUGUUUAUUAAUGUACAUUAAUGCUCACAGAAUGUCCAUAAUAUACUGUUUAUUAAUUUUGUACUUAGAAAUAGUUAUGUUGCUCUUUUCACCCCCCAUGUAUUUAUAUAUAGAAGCUGCCAUGUGUAUAUAUGGAUUUCGGUUGGUCUGUACAGAGGGUAUGUGUUUGUACAGUUAAAGGAUAAUCCAUAGUUUGGUGCUGCAGCUGUGGGUUUCAACGCAGCACCUUAUUAGCAAUCAUUUUGCCAUCACUGUGAAGACUUGACCUUCUGGUCACUAGGACCUGUUGCUUUACGCUGCUUUCUCGGCUCAGUAUGUAAACACGUUUCAUUCUUCAUCAGUGAAACACCUCCAGCACAAGCACUUGCGAUAUCCUUAAGAGAUUUGAAUGAGCUUGAACUUUAUCCUCAGGUGGAAGAACACCUGUGAGAGUGCCUUGAACUGCAGUUUCAGUUUUCAGAAGAAAAGCAUUUAGAUUUAAAACUAGGCUCAAUUAACCCGUUUGCUGCUGUGUACGUGUUUAAAAAGUUGCAAAGGCAGUAAUUUGUGCAGAUAUCUCCAAACAUUUCCGACUCUGGCCUCCUUAAGGUCUCUCAGCAGGACACUGCAGCAUUCGACAUGCGUUGAACGUAAACCCUGGAGCUAUAACCUCUUGUGUCCGAAACAUAUCUCCUAUACAGGCUUCUAGAAGGCAACUGUACUCAAUGUCCAUACCACCCUCACUGGUUUGUUUCAAUGUAGAAGAGCGGUAAACAAGGAUCCUCCUCUGUUUUCACCUACUCUCAUUUUGGUGGUUGAUUGUUUGGGAUCUUAUUCAGUUUGUCACAACACACAUCUCCAAUUAAGGAAGCAACAACCAGUCUAAAAAAAUUGUUCAAACGACACCAUGGUGUAAAACGUAGGGGUCUUAUUUCUUAUCUUGUAUGUGUUAGAUUUGUUUGGGUUUCUGCUUUUUGAGAUAUCACAUCAUGAGCAAAAAAGCUAAAUUGCCGUGAAAUUGGGAUUUAAAAAUAAUUUUUUUUAGAUUAUUAUCUCGUUCCACCUUAAAAUUUCAGCAGUAUUUUGCUGCAUAUUUCCAACACCAGUCAGGGACCCACAGUCCCAAACCCUUUCUGGUGCAUGCAUGACAUUAUUUCAGAUUGGUGCAUGUGCAAAUAAAAACCUAUCCAAAUUCUUUGCUACUGUGCAUAGGAUAGUAAUCAAUAUACAAAUUAACAAGAGAUAAAUUUAGUUUGCAUUUAAGGAUAGGGUGAGGAUUAAGGUUACAUUUAGUAAUGCGAGCAGAGAGCAAAGAAGAACCAGAAAAGAACUGAGAGUAGCAAGGCCGAUAGUGUCAGCGCCUGAAAACUAUGCUUGCAGCUUGAAACCUCUUCAAAAUGUAGUUUCUAAAGGUUCUGAACAUGUCAAUGGUUAUUGUGGGUUCAGUCCUGCAACUGUCAGAACUGUCUUAGAUUAUUUUGAGAACAAUGCAAAUCAAACCCCACCACUAUUACAUACAGAGAUUGAAAGGCGCAUAAAAAGACCUGAUCAAGAAGCACUGUGUACAAUGCAGCACAAUAUAAUGAAAUACUUACAUGAAACAUCAAAACUUCAAGUUAGGUGAGUAUGCACCUAACUUAGCAAAGUUAGGUGCAUAGUCACAUAAUUUUACUCAAUUUGGUGCAUGUACAAGUAUCCCAGUAAGACAAAAAAAAGUUUUUAUAGUCUUCAGCAACCGGUACUUUAAUCACCUUGUUCAAACCAGGGUGCCACGUUUGCCACUCCAAACUCUCAUAUUCAUGCUUGGACCAACUUAUCAACCAAGACAACUUGCUAAAUAACUCUGCAGACCUACCCCUCCAGAGAUGU